UAAUUUCUCUAUGCCACAGACGCCAAAUGUCGCCAUCGAUCAAUGACGUUUUGUGAAGUUGAAUUUAUUGAUAUAAAGCGUUAAUGUAAAUAAUAAACAAUUCCAACAUAAACGUCGGCUUCCAGUCGAUAUGUAUGCCAAGGGCAAAGGCUCUACAGUGCCUUCGGACGCUCAAGCUCGUGAGAAGUUGGCACUUUAUGUGUACGAGUACUUGCUACACGUUGGGGCGCAGAAAGCGGCACAGACAUUUCUCUCCGAAAUACGAUGGGAAAAGAAUAUAACCCUCGGAGAACCCCCAGGGUUCUUGCAUUCGUGGUGGUGCGUGUUUUGGGAUCUGUAUUGCGCGGCGCCUGAGAGACGAGACUCGUGCGAACACUCAUCAGAGGCGAAGGCUUUCCAUGACUAUGGUUUUGUUAAUUCCGGGUACGGAGUGAAUGGAAUAGGUCACAACGCAGGACCGGCGCCACCUAAUGACGGAAUGGGAGGCGGCGGUAUGCCUCCAGGGUUCUUCCCCAACUCGUCACUGCGACCGUCGCCUCCAGCACCACAUCCAGGAUCCCAGCCGUCACCGCAUGGACCUCAAGCACAGCUGAUGGGUACAGGGCAGCCGUUUAUAGGGCCGUGGUACUCUGGAGGGCCACGUUCAGGUGUCCGGAUGGGGAUGGGCAAUGAUUUUAAUGGGCCUCCAGGUCAAGGUAUGAUGGGUAAUUCUCUUGAGCGCGGCGGGGGCGGGGGCGCGGCGCUGUUGGGCGGGCCGCGUAUGACUCCGCCCCGUCCCGGCUGCGGGCCAAUGAGCCCGGGCGCGUACGCUGCGGGGAUGCGCGGUCCGCCGCCGCAAGGACCAGGCAUGCCACCGAUGGGCAUGGGGCCGCGUAGUGCGUGGUCCGGGGGCGGAGGUGGUGGGGGCGCAGCACCCCUAAACUACAGCGGGGGCUCGCCUGGCGCGUACGGAGCGCCGCCGGGCUCCAACGGUCCGCCCGGACCACCUACACCAAUUAUGCCCAGCCCUCAAGAUUCUUCCAACUCAGGCGGUGACAACAUGUACACACUGAUGAAGCCGGUGGGGGGCGGAGCCCUAGGGUCGGAGUUCCCGCUCGCCGGCGAGCACGGGCCCGCGCCGCCGCACCUGCCGCAGCCGCCCGCCGCCGAAGGGCUGGGCGGAGUGGAUGGCAUGAAGUCGUCCCCGGGGGGCGUCGGCGGCGGGGGGCCGGGGACUCCCAGAGAGGACUCUGGAUCAGGAAUGGGUGAUUACAACUUAAGUUUCGGUGGUCCGGGCGGCGAUCAAAAUGACCAGACGGAAUCAGCAGCGAUACUGAAAAUAAAGGAAAGCAUGCAGGAAGAGGCGAAACGGUUCGAAAAGGACCCAGAUCAUCCUGAUUACUUUAUGCAAUGAGCGAAACGGACAGCCCGCCAACUUGCCAAAUAAACUGAAAUAUCCUCGUAUUCCAGACCAAAUGAACGCUUAAUUCUGAACGAAUUAAAACUAAUAGUCUCUCAGAUAUUCAAAACUAACGGUUAUCUGCGAUUUUGUCAGAUCAAAAAGUAGUCUUAGGGCCUGUCCCACCAAGUUGUAAAUUGUCUGAUAAUCCAACGUGUAAAAUAUGUAAUGGGAAUAUCGGAUUUUGUUACCUUGUUACAGUGAUGUCAUUUUUAAGCUAUCUGAGCCUCUAUCAGCCAGUGGUGGGAUAAGCUCUAAUUCUCGUAUAUGUCACUACUUUCGUGUGACUACUAACAAUCGGUGCCGUUUCGGAUAUUACUCGAAACAAAUGCAAUUUUCUGGCGAAAAAUUGUUUUUUUUUUUAUAAGCGGAGCCAAAAAAUCACGUAAUUCAUUUCUAAAUGGGGCAGUAAGUUUUUAUUGUUUACAAUAAUUAGGCUUUCAUUUGGAAUAAGGGAUAAACUAUUCGUUUAUUUAAAAAAAAAAGUAUUCUCAUGAUCUCAAGAUUACGUAAAAAAUCUUGGCGGGCUGGACGAAUCUUACGAUCUGAUAGCGUCUUCAUAUAAUCUUCGGCUCGGUCAAUCGGUAAAUAAAAAAAAAUAUUUAUUAGAUUUUAAUUUUAUGUUAAUGUUGCUAAUUAUCGGUUUUCGGUGACGUUUUUCAUCGGUUACUAUCGAUAUGACAUCGGAACAUCACUACUGCUGUCAGUUUGACAUUUCUCGCUAAAAUGGAAUGUUUUUUACGUUAUUUUAUUUAAAAUCUUAACUGUUUUUUUUACAGUUUUAAAAAUAAACCUACCAUUUGUCCAUAGAAUUAUUAAUAUUGGUUUAAUAGCACGAUGGACUUAUUUGGCCCGGUAAGACUUAUCGCUGUUCUGUCAGAAAAUAUGUGAAACCUAAAUCAUGACAGCUUACAAGGAUCUUGUGACAUUUUGACAUUGAUAGGUGGCGCUUAAAAGCACGCACACUUGACUAAACUAUCGCACGACGGUUGUGCGAUUGUCGAUUGUUUCGCAGCCAACCUUUUAGUUGCACAACUAACAAUCGAGUAGUGUACCCAUAUACGCUCAUAAUCAAAGCGAGAAAACAGUUGUGCGAUAGUUUAGUCAAAUGUUUGUGCGGUCUUAGCUGUUGAAAAAUGUCACAUACCGGGACAGAUAAUUUUGUCGGUUACACGAUGAAAAACGUCAGAUUACAAAAUAAAGGCGACAAAAUAGUGUAAAGGUAUUCUUUUGCUUAUAUUUUUAUGUAUUAUUUUAUUUUUUAGCUAUAUUUUUAUUGCGAAUGAAAUUAUUAAAAAGAAAUAUUGUGAAUUGAAUUUUGACAUUCGUUGACAUUUGUUUUUUUUUUACAAAAAAAGUUUGAUGCAUGUUGCGUCCUUCUGAUCUUUUUAAAUGAUUUUCUAUACUUGUUUAAUACAAGUGAAAAAUAAAUGAGAAUUAUGCGGUGAAAUUAUUAAGCUGGUGCAAUAAAACUGACUGUCAAAAAAUUCAUUUUUUUUCAAUUUUUUUAUCUGGUUUUCUGGCUAAAGAGUGACGUUUGCGUUGAUUAAAAAAAUCUUGAAAAUUACGAGAUGGCUCUUGUCUUUUUUGUCACUGGCCAGAAAAAAAAUUCGUACUACUGUUUUGGGACAGUUUUUUAAUUAAAAAACACAUGUUUUUUAACGACAUUCUUCCAGUUUCAUUAAAUUAUUUAGCGUAUUUUAAGUUUUAAUGUUCCUAAUUUUUUUUUCAUUUUCCGCCUAACCGUGUUUUCGUUUUGGCGCCAAUUGACAGUGACAGCUACCAAGUUAUCUAUGGUAUAGAUGAAAAAUAUCGAUUU